UUGUCCUACCUGUGCUUUGGCAUACUUGCGUUUACAUGAUGAACUGAUCGGCUUUCCACCUGUAUCUUCGAUUCCUGCAGAUGAAGCUCGAAAUCGACUCGUUCUCGGGGUACCGUAUCUACCCAGCCAAGGGUAAGCUUUUCGUCCGCGGAGACUCAAAGAUUUUCCGCUUCGCUAGCUCCAAGAACUCUUCCCUUUUCCUCCAACGCAAAAACCCUCGUAAGAUUGCCUGGACACAGGUUUAUCGGCGUAUGCACAAGAAAGGCAUCACGGAGGAGGUUGCCAAGAAACGCUCACGCCGAGUUGUGAAGCACCAGCGCGGCAUCGUUGGUGCUGACCUUGCUGCCAUCGCUGCCAAGCGUAAUCAAACUGCUGCUGUCCGCUCACAACAACGAUUGGCUGCUAUCCAGAAAGCAAAGACUGAAAAGAAAGAGAAGGAGGCAAAGAAGACCAAGCCCUCAACCCGCGCACCGGUAACAACAGCUCCCAAGAUAUCGAAACAGCAGAUGAAGGGUGGCAAGGGUGGCCGAUGAGCAUUUGUUUAGUAUUGGGAAUUACACAUGUAAUUGUCGUUAUGUUUCC